AUGUCCUAUCCGCCAGAGAAACACACAGACACACCGCCGUCGUACCACGACCAUCCAUCCACAUCUUCCCUCCACGACCAUCAGACUAGCUCUGCUCGCGACAUGCGCGAGCGCUCACCUACACUGCAGCCCUGGCUUGGGUUGCGUGCGCGUCUCAUCCUAUCUCCCAUCUCAGUGGCAAUGAUCGCAAUCGUGUUCGUAGGCGCACGCGUGCUCAUGUCCACCUCGGACGUGACCAGCUCGGUCGCCUCAACCAAGGCCAAGCUGCUCGCCGCAUGCGAUGCAGUCGAAGACCGCGCCUCUCUCGCCGCCUCCCUCCCUUCGCUCACCGCAGCGACCGUCAACGCACAAAUCGCACAGUCGGUCGAAGCUACGGUGCACGGUGCCGCACGUGUGUUCGAUCUCUCGCUCACGGCGAUUGAAAAGACGCUGGCGUACAUGGUCAACUCGUACCGCUCGUUGCUGCUGUGCUUUAUGGAGCUGCUCGUGCGCGGCGCACUCGCGGUGCUCAUCGCAGCCGUCCAGAUCAUCUCGCAAGCCGUCAAUGCCGCCGCACAGGGCAUUCGUGCAGCCAUCCAAGAGUCGGUACAGGGCGUCAAUGCGGUGCUCGCCACAGCGGUGCAGGGGAUCAACGAUGUAGUCGGCGUGUUUGGACAGCACCUCAACGUCCCCUCCAUCGCCGUGCCCAGUCUGGCAGCACUGCAGAACGUAGAGCUGCCCCACGAGAUCCAGGACGGACUGGUAAAGCUCAACGAUACCCUGCCAACGUUGCAGCAGCUGAGGCAGACUAUGAACCAGCUCAUACAGACGCCGUUUGAGCAGAUGCGCCAGGACGUCAAUGCCACCAUUGCCGGGUUUAGGUUCAACCACACCGUGCUGCCCGUGCCGCAGAUGCAGAAUCUGUCGUUCUGCCAGAAGAUCGAUACCUCGCCCAUCGAUAGGUUGGGCCACGAGCUGGCGGUGGCAGCAAGGUGGGCGUUGGCCAUGCUGGCGGUGGUGGCGCUGGCGGUGGUGCUCGUGUCGGCGGCGCGCGAGUGGUGUGCCUGGCACAAGGAGCAACAGGGAAUCAAGAGGACCACCGCGCUGUGGCGCACACAGCAGCAACAUUCGUACACCGAAAAGGACACGCCCCACUCGAUCGGGAAAGAGAUGGGAGAGGCCGACGUCAGAAGGCUGGUCUCGAUCUCGCGCAGCCCGCUGGCGCACACUCUCGUCUCUGGUGCAAGUCGACGUCUCGGCAUGCGGUCUCGCUGGGCGCAAGACCGACUGUUGUGGCUCGGCGCGCUCGUCUCGCACCCCGCGGCGCUCGCCUGUCUCUUCACCGGCCUUCUCGGUCUGCUAUGCGUCUGGGUGCAAACACUGCUUAUCCGCCGCAUCACGCACCGCUACACCUCCGAGCUCGACGACACGCUCACGCACCUCUCUUCGGAAGUGCUCGGUCUCGUCGAUUCAUCCGCGCGCAAUGCCUCGGUCGCCUUCGCCACGACGGCCAACGCGCUCAUCACCGAAGUGUCAGACGAGCUCAACACGCACGUCUUUCGCUGGGUCGACACCACCACACUCACCAUGAACGCCACACUCAACCAGUUCGUCGAUGGCAUCACCGACACCCUCACCACCACGUUCGGAGGCACGCCGUUCAACGCUCCCCUCCAGACGUUCGUCCAGUGCAUCCUUGGGCAAAAGGUCGCGGGGAUCGAAAAGGCGCUUACGUGGAUCCACAACAAUGCACACGUCGAGUUCAGCCUUGUGCCUGACGAUGUGUUUGUGCCGUCGGCGCUGCAGAAGGAUUUAGUGCUGCAUCCGAUCAGGUCGGCACUGGUCGGGGAUGGGAGUGACGGCAGUGGGUUGGCAGGUCAGGUGGUCGGCAAGUACCUGCACCACCUCGAGCAGGAACGCGUGCUGUUCGCGGUGCUUACUGCCGUGUGGAUCGCAGUGGCUGCAGGUGGGAUCGUAGUGGUUGUGUAUGCGACGAUAGCAGAUGGCAGGCAUGUCCAGCAAGGAGAUUGCGAUGCGGCGGGCGGAGAUGCAGAAAAGCCUCGCGGCCCGGCACCUACGCCGCCACGAUGGUUGCGCUUCCCCACGAGAUCGCAGCGCUCCAAUCGCACGGUCUCGGAUGAACGCCAGCAGAUGCAAGUUCCCGUCGUUGCUGACGCCAGUGGGAAUGUGCGUGGCGGCUCGAUCGUCGACUCUGCCCGCGUGGCUGGACGCGGCCACAUCGCCAAGGACAGCAUCUCGUACCCGUUCCAGAUCCACCACUCGCUCAGCACGGCUGCACGCACCCCAUCUCCGCGCUUUGCAUCGAGCAGCCCACUUUCGGCACAAGACGCUGCUUCACCUCCGUACCACCGGGAUGCGAUGGACACGCCGACGCCGAGGGAACGCAGUUCGUGGCUCUCGUUCCUUAUCGCCCAGUCGACGGCCGAGUCCACGCAGCCCCGCCGCGCCGACCCGGCAGAAAGUGCACAGGACCGCUUUGAGCGGCUCUUUGGCUGCUCCCCUGCGUCCUCACCCACUUCGGCCUUGUUCGAGGGGCGUCUGUCAGCCCCGGUGGAGGGGGCGAGGCAUAGGCAGACGCUCGAUCUGCUGCCGGCGCAGGACUGGAUCGGGUCCAAGUCGCCAGUACCGCAACCGGGGAGCAGAGGCGCAGAGCAGGAGGGAGCUGGGUCGAGGAACGAGGUGGUGGAGCUGGUGCGUGCAAGUAGGGGUGUCGAGGUCGAAGUGGCCGAGGCGCACAGCUAUCCACACGAGCCUAGGCGCGCUGAACUCGUCCGGCAGCAGCGACAGCCGUCGGCACAGUCGAUGUCGUUCUACGCAUGGUAG